CGCAAUCUCUGUUCAAUGAUCACCUGUCACAACUGCAUUGUCUUUAAGUGCAGUUGGUAAGACUGUUUGUGUUUCUGCCUUGCUCUCACGAUGAUGGAUUACAUGUUUAUAUGGACUCGAAUUCUGUUCCUCUCCUGCUGUUUUCUGACUGCACAUUGUGUACAACCCAAUUGCACAUCUGUGACUGACUUUGAUGACUGUCCAGGGGAUGUAAAAGAUUUCUGUCCAGAGAAUAUUGUUUGUGCAUGCAAAGAUGGAGAGCCUUUUUGCAAAUGUCCAAAUUUCAGAAGUCAGUGGAGAGAUUAUUGGUACCUGGGGGCCAAAUGUGACCAGCUCUGGAAUACUCUGGACCUGAUUUUAGUAGCAACAUUGCCUGGAAUAGGACUGGCUUUAAUAAUUGGUGUAACAAUCCAGACUAUCCACUACUGUAAAAAGAAGUCAAAGGAGAAUAUAAAUGAUCAACAAGAACAGAGGAAUUUAUCAGGACUCCAACCUCAGCAAAAUUCUGCAUAUGCUCUUAAUACUGCUACGAGACCUUCUCAACCUGAUCAAGGCCAGAAUCCCUGGACAUCCCUUCAGAGUGUCCUUCCCAGAAGCCCUGUAUCUCCACCACCACAGUUCUCUGGAAGAAAUUACAACUUUAUGAUUCAUGAGCCCAAAGAGGACAGUCCUCACGUCUAUGAGUCUCAUUUUUGGGAUGGCGUUCCGGGAACAGCUAAACCUGAAACAACUUAUGGGAACAAGUAUUCUUCAUCUACGCACACGAAGCCAUUCUCUAAUUUUUUGACACCAGAAGUUCCAAAGUCAAGCUACAUUCAAAGAGAGAGACAACAAUUUGGAUACCCAAGUUCUGAAGAGCCAGAAAUUCCUUAUAGGAUGGGACAUGUGCAGAAGAAACCCAAUUAUUAAAUGUUUCCUGCAGAAAUAAACACACACACACACACACACACACACACACACACACACACACACGUGAUUAUCUGAUCAUUUUGAAAGUAUACUAGGGAUACUUUAAGAAAACGUUGCAUGAUUUCUUAUACUGUAAAUUAUAAUUUACCUUUCUUUAUGUAUUUAUGUCAUCAAUUCUUAUCUCUUUAUACCUUUAAUUUUUCCUUCCCUCUCCCCGUGAUCACAGAGCAAAACUUUCAUUUCUAAUAUCCAACUUCAUUAACUCAGCAGGGAUGAUAAAUAUUUGUUAUCUCCAAACUUCAGCAUAAUACUUGGUUACUGAUUUAUGACAGGUAUCUUUAUUAAGUGCUCAGUGAAAUGCAUAGAAGGUUUGUUGCAAAUUGCUUAUAGAGAAUAUUGAAUACUUUUGAGUUACUGGAUAAAUCUAAGGAAUUGUACCAAAUCAUUGGCCUAUAAAUGAUGACUUUUAUUUGA